AUGCGGAAGAAAUACGAGGCUAAGGCUGCAGCGGCGGCUUUGCGCCGCGAGGCGACAUCGGAUGCCAUUGCCUCGGUUACCAGCAGCGGCAAAAGGAGCUGCAUUACUGACUACUUGGAGACGGAUGCGGCAGCUGGGAAGCGCGAAGCACAUGAGGCGUUGGCGCUCAUGUUCGCGGGGUGUCGCAUCCCUGAGCGCGUCGCGGAUCACCCGCUCUUCAUCAACGCCGUUUGUGCCAUUCGGGACGCCGGCACAGGAUACGUCCCACCAAAGAAGGGGUUCAUCGGCGGGGCGGGCUUGCGACUGUGCUGCGACAGCAUCGACAGGGGGCUUUCUGGAGUGAAGGCGAGCUGGAAGCGGACCGGCGUGACAAUUUCUUCUGACAUGAUGACCGAUAAGAACGGUCGCCCCCAGGCGAACGUGUUUCUCGUCAACGAGAGUGGCGCGGUGUUCAAGGACUGCGUGGACUGCCGCAUGGAGAGUAAGACCGGCGGUUACGUCGCCAGCAUCCUCAGGCCCGUGGUGGAGGAGGUCGGACCGGAGAACGUGGUGGCGUUCUGCACGGACGGGGGGUCCAACUACGCAGUGGCGUGCAACCAACUGAUCGCGGAAUGGCCGCACAUUCAACACGUGCCCUGCGGCACCCACAUGUUGGACCUCUUCAUGGAGGACGUCGGCAAGAUGCCGUGGGCCAAGAAUGUGGUGGACCCUGCGGGCGAUAUCAGCUCCUUCGUCCGCAACCACCACUGGACGAGGGGAUACUUGCGGAACCCGCAAAUGGUGGGUGCAAGGAUGCUGCAGGCGCUGAAACCGGCGGGAACCAGAUUCGGGACACAAUACAUUGUUGUGUCCCGUCUCUGUCAGCUGCGGCAGUCGCUUGCACAGAUGGUGGUGUCUGAUGUGUGGAAGGGCUGGGCAGUUGGGGACAGGAAGAAGCCUGCGGAGAAAUUUGCAGCGCAAAUUCUUGAUGACGCGUGGUGGAAGACGGCGGAGUUUUUCUGCAAGUUGAUGAAGCUCCCGUUCUUCGCAAUGCGUAAGACCGAUGCGGAUGCCAAGGGGAUCAUGGGCCGUAUGUAUGACAUUAUGUUGCAGUUGACCGAGGAUGUGGGGACAGUGGUGGAGGAGGAUGAGGAGCAGCUCUCCCACUCCGACAAGGUGCAGAUCCGCCGCCUGCUGAGGGACAGGUGGGACGGCAGCCUCGCCUGCCCCAUGCACGUUGCGGGGCGGAUUCUCAACCCGGCGAACCGGGAUGAGGACAUCUUCGGCUCAGACGCGGAGUGCACAAAGGUAUUCAAAGCCUUCAUCACUCAGCACGCCGAGCACCUUUGCAAUCACGGGAAGGAGGGGGAAGAUGGGGAUGACAUUGGGGAGGUUUUGAUGGAACUGCAGGACGGGUGGCAUUCCCGUGCAGAUAUCAUGCCGGGUGUGGUGCUCGGAAACAUGCCGGAGCCUCCCGUGCCCGAGGGCUACAAUGUGGUGGAGGGGGACGAGGAGAAGGAGGAGGAGGGGGAAGACGACAUUCUGGAGGAUGAGUAUGAGUAG